AUGGAUACGCUAUUCAAUUCUGCAAAGACAAAUCCUAGAGGGAUUCCUGAGGCUCCAUUCGUGGAAAAGGUGGAGCAGUAUGUGAAGAGUCCUGAGGAUUUCGAUAUGUGCUUCAGCAAGUUCCAAGAACAUCUAUCCAAAUAUAAGUACAUGCAAGAGUCUAAACUAGCAAACAUAAAACAGCUUAAAAGCAAGAUUCCAGAUAUUGAAAAUACUCUCAAUAUGUGUGCGCUUUUGAAGCAAAAGAGAGAGACAGAGGUUGACGAAGACGAUGAGGAGGAAGAUGACAGCUUGCUGAUCAACUAUCAGCUAAAUGAAACGCUUUUUAGUAAGGCGUCAGUCAAUCCGAAGGAUCCUGAAUUAAAGGUCGGGUUAUGGUUAGGUGCCGAUGUGAUGCUCGAGUAUCCUCUAGAUGAGGCAAUUGAGCUUUUAGCUCAAAAGCUAGCAGAUGCCAAGCAAAAUCUGGACAUAUCUCAGCAAGAUGUGGAGUUCCUAAGAGAGAAUAUCACGACUAUGGAGGUCAAUUGUGCUAGAUUAUACAAUUGGGAUGUUCAAAGGAGGCAGCAGAUGAAAAAGGAAGGCUCUUCUGGUUGA